AUGGCUAUAGGUCUUGAUGAUGGUGGUUCUCCGCUUAAACUAAUUUCUCGUUUUCUUGUAUUUAAACCGUCCCAUGGACUCGAUGAAAGUGAGAUCUGUUUCCAUGUUUCACCCGGAUUUCCAACUGGUGCGCCAUCCACCACUGCAGGAUUUCGAUUAGAAUUGAGAAGGAUGGUCGAAACAAAUAAUAUU